AUAACUACUCUUAUUAAUCACAAGGAUAAACCAAAGCGUUCAGACAAGACUCUGCAAGCAAUUCAGCGAGUGGGCCAAGCGGUUAACCUGGCAGUUGGGAGGUUUGUUACAGUAGGUGAAGCUAUAGCCAAUGAAAAUCAUGAACUGAAAGAGGAAAUGAGUGUUGCUUGCAUCGAGGCAAGGAGAGCAGGUGAAACAAUUGCACAGCUUACGGACGUGGCAAGCUUGGAUCAUCCAGAAUCCGAUAGCCACAUAACAAUCUUUACAGACAAAACGGGUGUGGUAAAAGCUGCGAGGUUGUUGCUUUCUUCGGUCACAAAGGUGCUGGUGUUAGCAGACAGAAUUGUUAUUAAGCAAAUUAUCACUUCCAGAAACAAGGUUCUUGCAACAAUGGAACAACUAGAAAAAGUCAGUAGUUUCCAGGAGUUUGUACAAAUAUUCAGUCAAUUUGGAAAUGAAAUGGUAGAGUUUGCCCAUUUAACUGGAGAUCGGCAAAAUGAUUUGAAGGAUGAGAAGAAAAAGGCUAGAAUGGCAGCGUCUAGGGCUGUUCUUGAGAAGUGCACCAUGAUGCUCCUCACUGCCUCGAAGACUUGUCUGAGGCAUCCAGACUGUGAAUCUGCUCGUAUAAACAAAGAUGGAGUGUUUCAUCGGAUGAGAUUAGCUUUGGAACAGGUAAUAGAAAUUGUGACUGACUCUAGACCAAACGGAGAAAAUGAAAUGGCCCCCAUCAGCAUAUAUUCUGGCAUCAAAGAAUUCAAGAAUAAGGUGGAGGGUCUUCGUGAGAAUCUUUAUUUUCUCUCAAAAGAGAACCUUUCGACAAUGCUGGAAGUUAUCCUGGAACAUACUGAGGACUUCACAGACUCUGCCUAUACCAGUCAUGAGCACAGAGAACACAUUUUGGAGCUGUCCAAACAGGCUAAAAUGGAACUAGAGCAGCUGGUUUCAGUGUGGAUGCAAGCUCAAAACCAGAAGACAAAGGAUCUCAUGGAAGAAUUGGAAGUCGCCAUUUUAAAAACAUGCCAGUGCAUGAAUGAACUUAAAAGAGAGGUCCACAGUGCAGCAACAUCUUUGGCAGCAGAUCUGCUAAAAUACCAUACGGAUCAUAUGGUUCUCAAAGCAUUGAAAAUCACGGGAGUAGAAGGAAAUCUUGAAGCUGUAGCAGAAUAUACCUGCAAGCUAUCAGAGCAGAAAGAACAACUUGUUGAGAUGUGUCGUUUACUGAGGCAUGUCUCUGGAACGGAGCCCCUCGAGAUUACUUGCAUACACGCAGAAGAUACCUUUCAGGUCACUGGCCCACAGAUAAUCUCUGCUGCAGAAACACUGGCGUUACAUCCAUCUAGCAAGAUUGCAAAAGAAAAUCUGGAGGUGUUCUGUGAGGCCUGGGAGUCUCAACUGAGUGACAUGUCGAUGUUGUUAAGAGAAAUCAAUGAUGUGUUUGAAGGCAGAAGAG